AUGGCUCUUAGAAAAUCAAGUAAACUUCCUCAAACAGCACUUAUUAAGCAAAUCCUAAAGAGAUGCUCAAGCUUAGGGAGAAAACAAGGGUACGACGAUCAAGGCCUUCGUUUGGACGUACCUAAGGGUCACUUUGUUGUAUAUGUUGGAGAAAAUAGAAGUAGAUACAUUGUUCCAAUAUCUUUUCUAAGUCGCCCAGAGUUCCAAACACUUCUUCAUCAAGCAGAAGAAGAGUUUGGCUUUGAUCACGAAAGGGGUCUCACAAUUCCAUGUGAAGAAGAUGUUUUUGAGUCUCUCACUUCCACCCUCAGAUGA